AUGGAGAAGAAAAGAGCAGAUGAAAGUGUGCAAGUGUCAGCAGCUCCAGGAAGAUUAGACAGAUUUGGGUUCGUAAAACAGGAACAUAACUCACUCUCCCCCGAUGGGGCCCCCAAAAACAAGUCGGCUUUGGAGUAUCAGAGGGAACAGAAACGAGUGAGAAAAUGGAGGAAAAUGAUUGGUGUUGGAGGUAGUGAUUGGAAGCAUUAUGUAAGAAGGAAACCACACGUUGUUAAAAGGCGUAUACGAAAAGGAAUCCCUGAUUGUUUGAGGGGUCUUGUUUGGCAAUUGAUUUCUGGAAGCCGGGACCUCUUGCUCAUGAACCCUGGUGUUUACGAACAACUAGUGAUAUAUGAGACAUCAGCUUCUGAGUUAGAUAUAAUACGGGAUAUAUCGCGUACUUUUCCUUCACAUGUGUUCUACCAACAACGACAUGGACCUGGUCAAAGAUCACUUUACAAUGUUUUAAAGGCCUACUCUGUGUACGACAGGGAGGUCGGAUAUGUACAGGGAAUGGGAUAUUUAGCUGGGCUUUUGCUGCUUUACAUGAGUGAAGAAGAUGCAUUUUGGCUAGUGGUGGCAUUACUCAAAGGAGCUGUUCAUGCUCCAAUGGAAGGAUUAUAUUUGGAGGGAUUGCCACUGGUUCAACAAUAUUUAUUUCAGUUUGAUCGUUUAAUGAGGGAGUAUAUGCCAAAAUUAGGCGAACAUUUUACAGAAGAAAUGAUAAAUCCAAGCAUGUAUGGAAGCCAGUGGUUUAUUACUGUUUUCUCAUAUUCUUUCCCUUUUCAUCUCGCUCUUCGAAUUUGGGAUGUUUUUCUUUACGAGGGUGUUAAGAUUGUUUUCAAAGUUGGAUUAGCUCUACUCAAAUAUUGCCAUGAUGACUUGGUGGAAUUACCAUUUGAGAAACUUAUACAUGCUCUUCGUAACUUCCCUGAUGAUGCAAUGAAUCCAGAUACAUUGCUUCCAUUGGCCUACUCAUUUAAGGUAUCGAAGCGUUUGGAGGAACUUAAACAGGAGUAUGAGAAGAUACAUGGGAAGGUAGCAGAAUCUAAGUCAAAGCAAAAACAGCUGCAGCUGGCUUGAGCAGCAAAAACAGCUGGCAUAUUAUUUUGUAAAUAUAUGGAAUUUGAUUUGUUUAUGAUCUACACCAGUUUUUUUGUAACUGGAGAUUAGAAUCUUGAAAUGUUGAUAGUGUAGUGUGAGAAAUGUUUAGAUUUUGUGUGGCAUUGUUCAUGUUUGAAAUGUUGAUAGUGCAGUGUGAGAAAUGGUUUGGGAGAGAAAAGAAAGGAU